AUGUUCCCCAGAGCAACGAUUGGCUUGGGCCAUACCCUCAAGAGGUGUCAACGACUUUCCACCAACACCAGACUGGCCCAGAGCAUCUCCACCACCGCCCUCUCUCGCUCCUUCAUGCCGAGCAGACCGCUCUCGAACCGCUCACCCAUCUCUCGUCUUCUCGCCAGCCCACAGUCAUCACUAUCCAUCUCAAAGCGUUUGAUCUCCUCAUCUCCACCAUCGGCUAUCAGAGAUAGAUACUACAAACGGUCCAGCGGCGGCUACUAUGGUGGUGGAAAUGGUGGCGGUAGCAAUUGGUGGUCUCGGGUCAAGCAGCGCCUCGACAGAAUACCGCCGAUGACGCUUGUGUAUGCCUUGAUAGGCAUUAACGGAGGUGUCUACCUGCUCUGGCAGUAUGCACUUCAAUCGGCUCAACGCUUUCGCGAUCCAACGCUGCUCUACUUCUUGAGGAACAACUUUAUCUUGAAUGAGGCAAACGUUUUCGCUGGAAGAAUAUGGACCCUCGUCACCAGCGCCUUCUCCCAUAGCUCCGGAACCCACAUUCUCGUCAACUGCUUGGGCCUCUACUUUGUUGCCCCUGCUGCUGCCGGUCUUCUCGGUACCGCCAACUUCCUCGGCCUUUACCUCGGUGCCGGUGCUUUCUCCUCUCUCGUCUCUCUCGGCUACCACCGCAUGUCCAAACACCAAUGGUGGGGCUCUGAAGGCGCUUCCGGCGCCAUCUACGCGUGCUUGGCAUACUACGGUGCCAUGUUUCCCCAGAGCACUGUGCUCAUGUUCUUUAUUGUCCCCAUGCCUGUAUGGCUCGCCAUCUCUGGAAUGUUUGCUUGGGAUUUCUAUGGAGCGCUCUUCAGGCCCAACUCUGGAACAGACUCGGCUGGUCAUAUUGGAGGGAUCAUGUAUGGUCUGCUGGGGGCUUUAGCCACUCGACGAGGAGGGGUUUUGAGGAUGUUCCAGGGUGGCAGUAGACGGAGGUGGUAG